GCAAGAGGGAGGCAAAGCUGCAGGAGAGCAAACGCUGGAGGGUCCAUGGCCAUGCGGAUCCUUGCCCUGCUCCUGCUCAUCCUCCCGGCCCUGCUGCCCACAGCUGGACAUACCGACCCAGGCCAGCCCUGCCCGUCGGAGAUGAACAAGGUCAAGGACCUCCUGGAGGUGAACUGCACGGGGCAGGGUCUCAGCGCGGUGCCCCCAGACCUGCCUGCAGACACGGGCAUCCUGCUGCUCAGUGUCAACCGCCUGGCGUCCCUCUCCACUGCUGCCUUCCUGCCCCUCACCCAGCUGCAGGACCUCGACCUGGCUGACAACGGGCUGGCAGCUCUGCAUACCGGGCUCCCACUGCCGUCCCUGAGGGAGCUGAUCCUCUCCCGCAACGUGCUGGGAGCCCUGCCUGCCCUGCAGGGCCUGCCUGCGCUCACCCACCUGGCCGUGGCCCACAACAGCCUGGCAACGCUGGCCCCAGGGGCUUUCCGCGCUGUGACACAGCUGCAGGACCUGGACCUGCGAGGGAACCGUCUGCAGACGCUGCCCCAGGAGGCCUUUGCGGGGCUGAGGGCACUCAAGUACUUGGACCUCUCGGACAACCUCCUGGAGGAGCUCCCCGAGGAGCUGCUGCAGGAUCUGCAAAAUCUGGAGACCCUCUGGCUCUCAGGGAACCGCCUGCGGACCCUGCCCACCAACUUUUUCCCUGAGGGGCACCUCUUCGCAUACGUCUUCCUCACUGAGAACCCCUGGCAUUGUGACUGCAACCUGCGCUACCUGCGGGCCUGGAUCUGGCAGAACGAUGGCAGUGUUUAUCAGCCAGAGCGAGGCCUGGAGAAGACAAAGGUGGAGGUCGCCCCUGAGAAGGUGCUGUGCCACAGUCCCCCUGAGCAUUGGCAGAAGCCCAUCAUCCACUUCAAGCCCAACUGCGGCAACGUGGGGGAUGCGGAAGAGGAGGAAGAGGAUGAAUACUAUGAUAAGGAAGAAAUGAUGGAGAAAGUUACCAUGAUCACCUUCUCCCCCCCACAUACAUACAUCCCCAAAGAGCACACCAUGCCCCAUGCUGUUACCUGGCCUCCCUUUGCUACCACAAGACCUCCCCUCAGCACCCCUUGUAGCUCCACCCUUGCCCCAAGCACUUUGCCUGCGAUGCCUGCAAGCACCAGAGCUCCCAGCACCACCACUCCUGCCCCAGCCACACCAGCCCAUCCCCAAACCACCCUUGCCGCCAGCACUACCAACACCUAUGCCACUCUCAUGGUGUCCACUGGUGCAUUUUCCACCACCUCCACGGCAGUGCCUUCAACUGCCAUGCUAGAGGCCUCUUCCAUUGUCAGAUCUUCAUCUCCUCCUCUGACGCCGACCACACCGGUGGUCUCCACCACCGUGCUUUCCACUCGUCCUCCAACGCCGCCAGCUCCCCUGGACACCACACACUUCACCCAGCCUGCACCUUCCCCUCCACCUGGACCUCCCUCCCUCUGCCCAUGCUCCAUCCCAGGACUGGCUAUACCUGUGCUACGCUCACGGGCAGGUGGGGAGGGUCCGCAGUGGGGGCAGUGGGUGCUGAGGCAUUGCUGCCUAUUGCACUGGGUGCUCUACCUGGCCUCCUUGGCUCUGCUGGUCCUGACUGUGCUGGCUCUAGCAGGCUGGCUGGCAUGGAUGUGUCUGGUGGGAUGGCCCUCCUGGCACAAGUCUCUGCAGACCCAAGAGGUGCAGCAUCCACUGCUGAGGUGGAGGGAGUCGACAGGAAGCCCUGUGAUGCAUCUCAGCAGCUUCAAAAGCCCCCUCCAGCGCCCCAUGUUCUGUACCAUCAAAGAAGUGGAGUUGUGCCCUGAGGUCACUUACUGCACAAUUAAAGACCUGGGGAUACAGUGCAGUCCUCCUGCAAGUUCCUCCUUCUGCACCACGAAGGAGCUGUGGGUCCACCACAGUCCUCUCAAUGCCUCAUUCAAGUCUUUCUCCAGGAAGCUGAUGGUCACAAACCUCAGCUCCCUGAGGACCCCUUCUGCUUACAGCCUGGACAGGGGUGUCAAGGCCAUUGGUGAUGUCAGAGUGAAAUAUGCUGGCAACACCUUGUAAAUGCUUCUGUACGUUCAAAGAGAUGGAGGGUCAUGGCUCUGCUUCAUGUACGCUUGUUUUACAAGGGAAAGAUCUGCUUGCCCAGGAGGAAGCCAUUCAGCUCCUUCCCCUAGUAUUACUCUCACACACUCUGAGGUUUCUAGAUCUGAAAUUAUUACUUGGGUACUUGGCAGAGGGAGAAGAUGCCCUAAACUGGUCACUGAUAGUUUGGGGCUGACACUGCCUGCUUUCGGGGUGAGUGUGGGAAAGCAGAGCUUACUUUGCACUCUGCGUCCCAACUGCUUCUGUUCGAAUGAUGCACAUCGUAAAGAUUCGCUAUGCUU